CCCAUCGGGGAGGGAAAGUUUUUGCCUUAUUUACUUCACAUUCUUGGAUUUCAACAUUUAUGUUUUCUUUGAAUUCAAUUACCUCCAUUUACAUAACCCCAUUCUGGUGAGCUAUAAUUCUUGAGUUUGACCACUUUAUUACAAAUUCAUCAUAUAAUCUUUGUCGGGUGUAUAUUUUUUCCUUGUCACGUUUGAAUGUCUUUUAACAAAUAAUAGUAAAUCAUUAUUUUAUGCUGUAGAGUUAAGAAUGUGAAAGUUUAAAUAGUGUAUAUAGUUGCAGACAUACAAGAAAUGGGUGGUUUCUAUUUAGAUCAGGAAGAAGGAGCUGCAACAGCAGGAGGAAGAAAGAAAGAGACUGAAGAUUCUUCUUGGUCACCGAACCCACAUAUUCAGGCUCAACAUAGGCGUUCUAAGAGCGCGUCGGACAGAAAUAUCGAUGUUUCAAGAGACGGAGUUUUGCAUCGUAUGAAGAAAGGGCAGAAUGAACUACAUGCAUCUCCGUUAUCAACAAGAGCUUGUAGGACUCGAAGUCCUCUUCAUUACAGCUCCGCUUAUAGCAACAAGAAUACACCGUUGAACCGGCGAGCCUCUUUGGAGAAAGAUAUAGAACUGCUGCAAUUACGUUUGCAACAAGAAAAAACCAUGCGACUUAUGCUCGAGAGAGCAAUGGGACGGGCUUCAAGCACUUUGUCUCCAGGGCACAGGCAUUAUGCUACACAGACAAAGGAAUUGAUUACGGAGAUUGAGUUACUUGAGGAAGAGGUUGCAAAUCGUGAGCAACAAGUACUCUCCCUCUACAGGAAUAUUUUUGACAAUUGUGUUAGUCGGCAACCUUCUGAGCAGAGCUCAGGCAAGGCUUCUCCUGCCCAUAUGAAGAAUACAUCAAGGAAACAUCCAAGUAUUAUUUCAAGUGCAUUUUGUUCUUCAAAAAAGUUCCCUCUGAGACCUUGGCAAGCUCUAGUUUCCACACAUGACUCUGGGAAAAGACUCUCUAAAAGUAUUGAUGUUUCACAGUUUUGUGGAAAAUGUGACAUUCUAUUGGACAAGACAUCUUCAUACCUAGUUAAGGCUCAUGAAAAGGUUCAAGGUAUUGAAAAAACCUCCGCGCUGCGGACUCUGAAAGAUCAUCUGCACCAAUGUCCAAGCAAGCUGUCGGAGGAGAUGGUCAGAUGUAUGGCAGCAGUAUAUUGCGGACUUCAUAGUGCAACAUCUUCAAACUCUGAGAAAAAUCUGUCACCUUUAUUGUCAAGGUCAUCAACCAAGGUUGUACUUCCCAAAGGUUGCGUUGGAGAGGACCAGGAUUUCUCUUGCAAGUCCAAUGUUGAAAUAUCUUGGAUUUCAACUGAUCGGAACCAAUUUUCUCGAGCAUCUUAUGCCAUCAGUAACUACAGAGCUCUAGUGGAACAACUAGAAAAAGUGACAGUGAGUCAGAUGGAAUAUGAUGCCCAAAUUGCAUUCUGGAUCAAUGUGUGCAAUGCCCUUGUUAUGCAUGCAUAUUUAGCAUAUGGAAUUCCCCAAGGUUCUUUGAGACGGUUAGCCUUGUUUCACAAGGCUUCAUACAACAUCGGCGGUCAUGUCAUUAGUGCAAAUGCCAUAGAGCAGUCGGUAUUUUGCUUCCGUACACCUCGAACUGGACGGUGGCUAGAGAGCAUCCUCUUCACAGCUUUAAGGAAAAAAUCUGGUGAAGAAAGGCAAAUUAUCAGUUCAAAAUUUGGUCUUUCAUAUUCCCAACCACUUGCCUGCUUUGCUCUCUGUACUGGAGCAUUUUCUGAUCCUGUGCUAAAAGUUUACACAGCAUCAAAUGUUAAAGAAGAGUUAGAAGCUGCAACAAGAGAAUUUCUUCAAGCAAAUGUAGUUGUUAAGAAGUCAAAGAAAGUAUUUCUACCCAGAGUUGUUGAAAGGUUCGCAAAAGAAGCCUCCAUUGGCUCCAAUGAUCUCGUGAACUGGGUUCUCGAAAACGUAGACAAAAAGCUCCACAAUUCAAUACAGAAUUGUGUGGACGGUAAAUCCAAGAAGAAACCAUCGCAGGUCAUUGACUGGUUGCCUUAUAGUUCAAGAUUCAGGUACAUUUUCUCGAAAGACUUGAUGGAGAAACCAUGGUGGGUAUGAGUUUGACUCUAGACGAAUUAAUUAUGGUUGUCGCCGGUAUCUCGUGAGCGAUGAAAUGUAAUUUUUGAACGACGGGUGCGAGGGAGGCGUCAAUCAUCUUGUCUUCACAUGUCAUUCCAUGUAAAAAUCAUUGUACAUUCUAAUCUUUAGAUCAGUUAACAUAUAUUCUGCUUUAUCUGGAGUUAACACCAUUGCAGAACCUGCCAAGUUUAGC